ACAAGUAUACAGAGCACUUCACUUUCAGGACAUUCCGGAACAACCGAAACCCUGACGCUCUUGUUAGAGGUGUUAGACAACUGUCAGGGGGAACUCAAACCGCUACAUUUAUCCAGAAAGUGGUGCGUGAGCUCUUUCAACCAAGCAAAGGGUACCGCCCUGGAUCCUCGAAAAUUUUGAUCGUAGUAACGGAUGGACGGAAAUCAGAUCGGCUUCAGUACAGUGAUGUGAUACCAGAGGCUGAGAGAGCUGGCAUAAUCCGCUAUGCCAUUGGGGUUGGAAGCGCUUUCGCUCAAAGGGAAGCCCUGCUGGAGCUCCGGGACAUAGCCUCUCAGCCCAGUUCAGACCACGUUUUCCCGGUUAGCAACUUUAACGCCCUUAAGGACAUUGAGAACAAACUUCAGGAUAAAAUCUUUGCCAUCGAAGGGACGGCCGUGCAAAGCAGCAGCUCUUUCCAGCUGGAGAUGUCCCAGGAAGGACUUAGUUCCUUGGUGACCCACGAUGGCUUUGCGUUGGGGGCAGUAGGAGCCUAUGACUGGUCUGGAGGGCUAUUCCUAUAUGGCAGCGGCAGCAGUCCAGAGUUUAUCAAUGUGACCAGCUACACUAAGGACAUGAAUGAUGCUUAUCUUGGCUACGCAGUGCAGAUGGUUCAGCGGAGAGGACAGCGCAGCUACGUGGUGGGGGCCCCUCGCUACAAGCAUGUUGGCCGGGUGGUCUUGUUCAGUAAAACAAGCGAGCGAUGGCAGCGGAAGUCCGAUCUGUCCAUACAGCAGACCCUCCAAAUUGGCAGCUAUUUUGGGGCUUCGCUGUGCUCUGUGGACCUUGACCGCGACUCGGACACGGAUCUGAUUCUCGUCGGUGCGCCCAUGUACUAUGACGGCAAGGUCGGAGGGAAGGUCUUCGUUUUCCAAAGGCUGGGGGAGACGUUUGUCUACACCCAGGAACUGCAAGGGGAGGGCAAACAUGCUCUGGGCCGCUUCGGGGCCAGCAUAGCUGAAAUUGGCGACAUCACUGGAGAUAGAUGGAUGGAUGUGGCCAUCGGAGCUCCAAUGGAGGAUGAGAAUCGAGGAGCCCUGUACAUAUUUCAGGGGAGCUACGGCACCAUCAACAAGAAGUACAGUCAGCGCAUCCAAGGGUCUCAGUUCCCCAACCAGCUUCGCUACUUUGGCACGGCUAUUGCUGCUGGGACGGAUCUUACAGGAGACGGGCUCUCGGACAUUGCAACAGGGGCUCGCGGGCAAGUGUUGCUACUGAGGUCUCGUCCUGUGCUCCAAGUACUGCCCACCAUCACCUUCUUCCCGUCGAUGAUCCCCCUCUCUGCCUUCGAGUGCCACGGCCGGGAGCAGCUGAAUAACAAGGUCAGCACGGCAACCGUCUGUCUCACCGUCCGGCUGAACACUCCGUUUACACUCGGCGAUCGGAUUUCAAGCACCGUUUGGUACUCCUUGAUUUUGGAUCCGGGUCGGAUGAAAGUCCGGGCUGCUUUCGACAGCGGCGCCUCCACCGUCACCAACGAGAUACAGAUGGGCUUGGCUCAGAAGUGCAUGACGUACGAGAUAAAGCUGCCGGUCUGCAUAGAAGACAGCCUCACGCCCAUAAAGCUGCAACUGAAUUACAACCUUACAGGAGACCCCAUUUCUUCUGCGGACGGCCUGAAAGCCAUCCUGACGGAAGAUUCAUCCCGCCUGUUUACAGGCUCGCUUCCCUUUGAGAAGAAUUGUGGCCAUGAUGGAAUCUGUAAAGAUAUCUUAAAAACCGCUUUUAAUUUCUCAGGCCUAGACACACUAGUGGUCGGCCAGGACCUGGAACUCAAUGCCACCGUCUUCUUCCGGAACGACGGCGAGGAUUCCUUCAGCUCCAACGUGACGUUUGUUUACCCUUCCGCGCUGUCCUACCGCAGGUCCAAAAUACUGCAGUCUAACAGGAAGAACAUGGGCAUUAAGUGCAUCUCCGCCCCUUCGUCAAGGGAGGACUCUUUGAGGAACACUACCUGCAACAUCAACCACCCCAUUUUCCGGAGUGGGUCUGAGGUUAUUUUCAUUGUAGCUUUUUCCAUUGACUCGCAAGGAGUUUUGGGGAGCCAGGUGCAGAUGAACGCCACGGCUGGCAGUGAGAACAACAGCCCUUUCACCCAGGACAUGUUUCACCAAGCAACGCUGCCUGUUAAAUACGCCAUAUACAUUUCUGUCAAGAAUGUGGACGAUUCAACCAAGUAUGUCAACUUUUCAAAGGGACAGGAAGAUGGAAACCAGUCAGUGGAACAUCAUUAUCAGGUGAUGAAUUCAGAUAGGCGACAAGUUCCUGUCUCGGUGACAUUUGAGUUCCCUGUGGAGCUGAACAGGACAUGGGCUUGGAAUGCAUCUGUGGACAUCUCUGCUGAGCAAUUCCACCAGGCUCAGUGUGCCCUCGAAAAAAAGACUCCGGGGUCCAAAGAUUUUGUGAAUCAACUCCGCAAUCGAGCAGUUCUGGACUGUGCUGUGGCCACCUGCCAAACAAUCCGUUGCAACAUCCUGUCCCUGGAGCAGGGGCAGCCCCUGGAGUUCAGGAUCAGAGGGCCUCUUGGCUUCAAAUGGCUGUCCCAGACCAAGCAGAAGAAAGUGACCGUGGAGAGCACAGCUCAAAUUUUCUACGACGACACAAAAUACAGCCAGAAAGAGGGCUUUAUAAAAAGCCAGAUGAAGACAGUGGUGGAAUAUCUGGAGGUCUACAACUACCUGCCUGUCAUUAUUGGAAGCAGCGUGGGGGGCGUCCUCCUUUUGGCCUUGAUCAUUGCUGCUUUGUAUAAGUUUGGGUUCUUCAACAGACAGUACAAACAGAUGCUGGAUGAGGCAGGAGAAGGUGAUGUGGGGGGAGGACCUGCCCCCGACAGUGGCCCCGAUCCCCAAGCUGCCAAAGCAUAAGAGAUGCCACAAACCACACCUUCUUUUGGCUCUCUUUUGGACUACUCUGAACACCUGUCAGUUUAUGGGACUCUGUGCUAAAGAAAGAGCAUGUGUUGAGACGAGGUUUGUUUUAUAGGGUGCAUCGUCCCCAAUGUGGAAAGCGGUUUAAAUGUAGGAAACGAUUGUCUAUUUGUGUGAGGUUGUCACGUGGGACCAUUACACAGUACUGACAAGUUACAUCCAAUUGUAACUUCACUUUUAGAUUCGGAUAUACAUUUUUAGUUCAGAAACGAAGAGUGCAGAAUGAGGAAUGCAGAACGAGGAACAAUGAUAAAUAAAGAACGCCGCCAAAAGACAGG